CCCCACUUUCCUAAACUCCCAAACGUUACCGGGGAAAAAAUGGUGAAUGUCGAUGCCAUCCGCAAGGCUCAGAGGGCUGAAGGCCCUGCCACCGUCAUGGCCAUCGGCACCGCCACUCCCCCCAACUGUGUUGACCAGAGCACUUACCCUGACUACUACUUCCGUAUCACCAACAGUGAACACAAGACCGAGCUCAAGGAGAAGUUCCAGCGCAUGUGUGACAAAUCCAUGAUCAAGAAGCGUUACAUGCACUUGAAUGAGGAGAUUCUCAAGGAGAAUCCAACAAUGUGUGAAUACAUGGCUCCUUCUUUGGAUGCUAGGCAAGAUAUGGUGGUUGUUGAAGUGCCAAAGUUGGGGAAAGAAGCUGCUGUGAAGGCCAUCAAGGAAUGGGGACAACCCAAAUCUAAGAUAACCCACUUGGUCUUCUGCACCACAAGUGGUGUUGACAUGCCUGGAUGUGAUUACCAACUCACCAAGCUUCUUGGCCUUCGACCCUCUGUGAAGAGACUCAUGAUGUACCAACAAGGAUGCUUUGCUGGUGGCACGGUCCUUCGUCUUGCCAAGGACCUUGCGGAGAACAACAAAGGUGCUCGUGUUCUUGUAGUUUGCUCUGAGAUCACUGCUGUCACCUUCCGUGGCCCAAGUGAU